AUACCACAGCCUGGCGUGAUCUAUUGCUUAAGUAUACAUCCCUAGGUGAGCGGUGAUUUGGCUCCGGGGGAGGGGGGUCAGGUCGUUGUCAUGGCUCUCGUCAACAUAAACAUGAGUGUAAGAUAAAUGGCCGUCAUUCAGUGUAACGGUUGGUACCAGAUCAGACUAUAGUGAUGCAGCAGUAGCAUUGCGAAGAAUUGGGUCGUGAUAUAAGUUACUGUCUUCAGGAUCAUGAAGGUGUUCGUGAGAAGCCGACCGACCGCCACUUUUGCUCAAGAGCUCAUAGAAAUCCUCCCCGAUGGAAAAACGGUGCAGAUCCACCAGAGCAAAGGGAGGCGGUGUGGAGGAUACCACGCCCCCAGCUCCUGGUGCUUCCAGCUGGACGGGGUGCUGCACCUCCUGUCCCAGGAGGAGGUGUACGCCAGGGUGGGCCAGGAGGUGGUUUUGGGGGCGCUGGACGGGUACAAUGGUACGGUCUUGUGUUUUGGCCAAACAGGCGCAGGAAAGACCUACACCAUGACGGGCACCACUGAGUCCUACCGCCAGCGAGGGAUCAUCCCCCGCGCGGUGGAACAGGUGUUUCAGGAAGUGGCGAAGCGCAGCGACCACAUCUUCUCUGUCCAGCUGUCCUACCUGGAGGUCUACAACGACACCCUGACGGACCUGCUGUCCACACUGGCCGGGCCCCAGCAACUGGCCCCCCGGGGCCCAGUGCCCCCCCCGGGCCCCGCUCCCCGGUCGGGUCUUGCGUUGAUGGAAGAGCCCGGUGGGCGGGUGUCUAUCAGGGGUCUGUCCCUGCACCCCGUCCAGAGCCAGGAGGAGGCCCUGGACCUGCUGUUUGAGGGGGAGCUGAAUCGCAUCAUGGGAGCUCACGCUAUGAACAACCACUCCUCCAGGUCCCACUGCAUCUUCACCCUACACAUACAGUCUCACUCCAGGUCUCUCUCUGGCACCACGUUCCUGCGCUCCAAGCUGAGCCUGGUGGACCUGGCCGGGUCGGAGCGCCUGGGGAGGACUGGGGGGGCGGGGCAGACGUUGCGGGAGGCGACACACAUCAACAAGUCUCUGUCCUUCCUGGAGCAGACCAUCCUGGCCCUGGCGGACCCCCGCAGAGACCACGUCCCCUUCAGACAGAGCAAGCUCACCCACGCACUCAAACACUCCCUGGGAGGGAACUGCAACACAGUGCUGGUGGCCAACAUCUACGGAGAGGAGACGCAGAUGGACGAGACGCUGUCCACGCUGCGGUUCGCCAGUCGGAUGAAGAGUGUCAAAAGCCAACCGUCCAUCAACCAACACGUUGACCCUGCAUUGGAGGUGAAGAGGCUCCAGAAGGAAGUGGAGACGCUGAGGGAUGAGCUGUCCAUCCAGAAUCUCCUGGUGAAUGGAGGGGGGGCGAGGUACCAGCCUCUCUCCGAGGCCCAACAGGCUGAACUCCAGGACCAGGUGCAGAAGUACCUGGAUGGAAGUCUUGAGGCCAUCAGUGUGGUCAGUGUCAGACAGCUGCAGGAGGUCUUCUCUCAGUUCAGACUGGCUGUGCAAGAGCAGGAGCAGAGAGUGAAGGCCAAGCUCUCUCAGACCUACACGCUGGUGGAGAGAGGCCGGGCCGACGACUCAGCCAAUCCCAAGGUCAGGAACAGCAAACCAGGAAGUGGUUCUGUAGUGUACAGCCGCAGGGUGGGGGGGAUGACCGGCCGCGCCCGAGUCAAGAGCAAACGCAAGAAGGCUAAAGAAGCCCCGCCGAGCCGGGGGAAAAAGCCUGGAGCCGCGAGUCCUGUUCAUGGGAAGGCACUAGAGACCCGAUCCAGUCCCAGGAUAAAUCCUCCUCCCCAGACCCCUGAGGACGAACCGGACCCCCCCGACCAGGAAGUACAGGAAGCACCACCUCCAGAGGCAGAGCCAAUCAGGACAGACUCCCCCCCCACCAAGGCCCAGGCCUUCGAGGAGUUCAAGGCGUCGGGCGGGGCCGGCCUCCACCGCCUCCUGCGGAGCAACAAGGAGGUGCUGCAGGAGCGCCGCGCCCUCCUGCACCUCCUCGGCCAGGAGCUCAACGCCGCCAAGAGGGACAUCGACGCGGCGGCGGACGACGUCCAGCGGCACCGCCACGCUCACGGCCGGCUCCGGGGGUCCGAGGAGACCCAGGACGUGGAGGAGGCCCUGGUGGGCCGUCUGGGGGCCCUGAGGACGCGGUACCGCCAGCACCACGACCAGCUGGGCCCCGCGAGGGCCGAGGUCCGCUACUGCCAGCACCUGGUGGACCGCUGCAGGGUCCGCCUGCUCUCAGAGUUUGAGAGCUGGUACCCCAACUCCUUGCUGUCGCCCCGGGAGGUCCCGGAAGGGGGUUCGAUCACGCCUGGGCUCGUACCCCCGGACCGCUCUCCCUCCCUGGUGAGCCUGCUCCACGGCUUGCCCUGGGGCGGAGGCUGUGGAUGGUCUGGGACUCACCCAGGGGACUGGGGUUUGGUUGAAAAUGGAGCUAGGUUCUUACACAACCGGCAGCGUCGCUCAAUGGUUGUUUGCCGAUCGGAAAGGGCGGUUGCGGUGAUCAGUGUUGACUCAGAGACUGCACGUUGCUUGGAUGUUGGUUUAAUAAAGGGCGACGAGGAGCGGCGUCCUUGUGAGCGAGUCCAGAGCAGGCGAGGCGAAGGGCCCGGCGCCGUGGCCUUCUACAACGCCCACCGCCGGAGCCUCAGACGGAGAACAGAUGAACAAACACAGCAUUAA